AUGGAUCAUAACGCGAGAGAAAAACCACUACUCAAGAGUGGAACAAAAAUGGUGGUCCGCCGACCGGAUGGUUUGGGGACAGCGCAGUUGACAUCGGAGAAGCUGCCCGGCGCCGUAGUCGGAUCCGAUGUUUCUCCCGACUCAUCGCUGGUCACAGUGCGUCCACACUCGACCGUGCAGCGGGCGCACUCGACCGUCAUCCCUCGAGGCUCCAAAGCGAAGAAGAUUGAGUUGGCCAGUGCAAGUAGCAAUGGAAAUGGAGCGCUGCACGAAACGAAAUCCAAAAUCGAGAGAGACAUGCUAUCCGCUUUGGGCCAAUUCCACGGACUCGAGAGUUUGAUCAAGUCGCAGACAGAAGCGCUAAAUGGAAAACAGAGAGUGGGAGUCAAUCCAGUCCUGGGAAACGCAGGGCUCAUGUGGGAAAGUGGAAGUAAUAAGAGAAACAGUGUCCCGCAAGUUACUGUUUCAAACGACUUUUGCAGUUUGUUAAACAAAAGAAAGUCUUCGACACCAGAUCUUUCCAUUCCUUUAGCGAAAAAGUCCAAAUAUGAAGCCUUCGAAGAUUUGAAAGCUGAAUCUGCUACUCCAUCAGCUGAUGAGCUAGGUGCGCGUAGAAAAGAGCUAGACAACUACACAGGCUGUCUGCCCGCUCAUAUGCUCCAUCUCCUCCCAAUGACGCACAAAGCAGCACUAGCCGGCCAAAGUACGGGUUCGAUUAUAAAUUCCACGAGCACCGAAUCGAUGUCCUCUGAGUUGACCGCCUUGUUACAGCAAUAUCAAGCGCUAAAUGCAGCGGCUGGGCUCGCUGCAAACCAAGAAAUCGGAAAUGGUCUAUUGACCUCGGCUGGAAUUGACACUUCCGCGCUGCUGCAGCUACAGUUACUUCAAGCAUUUCAGAGGCAAACUGCUGAACUUGCUGCUUUACCGGCUUUUUCAAUGGCGAAAGAAGCAGUCACUCCUCUGUCUCAAAAUCAACCUCAAACUCCAAAAACGCCAACUACAAACUUGAUUCAGUUCCCGACUUCCUCUCCUUAUAAAAUCACACCAGUGAAAGGAGGGACGAGCGAAAAGUCAAAGGUGAAAUGUUUGAAGACAGCGGAAAUUCCAAAGAUCGCCCAGGCAGAGCUCGACAGCAAUGUCAAACUAUCCAGUUUCAAUGGAAUCACCAUGACUCCGUCGAUGACGAAAAGGCCAUCGAUCCCGAGUGAGUUGCUGCAGCCAUUUUCAAAAAGCACGCCGUCAGUUGCGAGUCCUCCCGAGCUCUGGCUCAAAAUCAUUGGCAGGUCCACUCAAGCUAGUUCUAAAUGCCUCUCAAUGCUACAAUCGGCAAAUGCAAAAGGCGAAAAAGUGGAAGUGAAAAUUUCCCUUUCCAUUUCUGGAGAGAGUGAGACUUUUACCGGCAUUUGCAACGCGCCAAAGAAAAAAUCUAAUAGAGUCGAAGUUGAAGUACAUGAGCCCGUAGUUCCUACGCCAGAGGCACUUAUUCCUGAUGUCUCAAAUCUACUCGGGCAGAAUCUGGCGAGUUUGCAAGUUCAAGCCCGGCUACUGGCUUCAAGCUUAGGAGCUGCUUCUCCGGCGACAACAGUCAACCCGACAAAUCCGUUUUCCAUUUCACAGAUUUUGCCCAAAUUUAAUCUCGAUCUUCCGUCAAUCCCUCCACUCAAUUUAACUCCAAUGACGCAGCCUCCAAGUCAUGCUUCCAAGUGGAAAACUCCGAGUCCGCAGCAGGGCCGUGAAUCCAGUCCGGAAAUCAUCGUCGACAAACUGACCCCCGAAGAUCUUCCUCAAAAGGAAAACGCGACCGUCACCACGACUCCGACGAGAAAUAAAGGCCCAAAGAAAAACUUCCUCGCUCGUCAAGCUGCUUUAGAUGCAAAAAUGAAUGUUCUCCGAGCAAAAGCGGAAUCGGAGCAAAAAUCGACAGAAAACGAGAAUGGUGACGUGGUGAAGCUAGAAAUGUCCGACAGCGAAAUGAUUGAACCACAUGUGGAUAGAUAG